AUGUCGGUGGAGAGAUCAUUCGAAGCGUGGGAGGAGGUUCAACGGCAAGGCCAUGACCUUGCGGAUAGGCUGGCACAGGGAUUCACGGGUCUUAUACAAACCCAUAUGACGAACCCACCUGCGAUUCCAUGGGCCAACACUCCCAAAUCGAAGAUCUUCGAUCUGGAGUUCCCCGGCCACAGUUUUAUUAGCAAGUCUAUGGAUUUGGGAGUCUUGGCGGAUAACAGAAACACUGGGAUAGCUGGGGUUUCUGCUAUUCUGGAUAUUGGGAACAAGAUUGGACAAGCUGGUGCUGAAUUUGGAGCUGGCUUGAAUGGAUUGGUGGAGCAAUUCUUCCGGAGGUUGCCUGUUCCAUUCAAGCACAACGAGAGUAUGGAGGUUGGGGUAAGGAUAGAAAGCAGGAGAAGUGAUGUCAAUUUGAGCGUUGAAGGACAGUUGGACCUGGUGAAUACAAAGUUGAAGGAGUUUGGGUUUGUGGAGAAUGAAGGGAGAUACAUCAGUACAGCAGCUGGUGAAGCUGAGGGAGGAACAUCUGAUGGUGAAUUGGGGACGUUUGAUUUGAAGUCCAUUGGUCUUAUGGGUGGUAGUAAGCCUCAGGGAACCUUGAAUUUUACAUCGACUUAUGAGAGCAGAACUGGUAACGUGGAGAGCUCUAUGGUUGCUAGGGGAGAUCUAUGGAGAAUGGAGGCAUCGCAUGACAGUUCGACAUCAGGAAAUGAGAAUUCGUCUCUCUUCCUAGUUCAGCUUGGCCCAGUACUUUUUGUUCGCGAUAGUACACUUCUUUUACCUGUUCAUCUAUCAAAGCAACAUUUGCUUUGGUAUGGCUAUGAUAGGAAGAAUGGCAUGCAUUCUUUAUGCCCGGCGGUGUGGUCCAAGCAUAGAAGGUGGUUGCUGAUGUCGAUGCUCUGCCUCAAACCAUUAGCUUGUUCGUUUGUCGAUUUGCAAUUUCCGAAUGGGCAGUUAACUUACAUAUCCGGGGAAGGUCUAACAACAAGUGCUUUUCUACCGGCCUUUGGGGGGCUUCUGCAAGCUCAGGGUCAAUAUCCUGGUGAAAUGAGAUUCAGCUUCUCUCACAAGAACAAGUGGGGAACCCGUAUAACCCCGGCGAUACAGUGGCCUGACAAGUCAUUUUCAUUGGGGUUUUCACAAAACUUAGCAUGGCAGAGAUCUGGUCUUAUGAUGAAACCAACAGUUCAGUUCAGUUUGUGCCCUUCAUUUGGUGGAAGCAAUCCUGGGUUGAGAGCUGAACUUCAGCAUUCACUGAAUGAGCAGCUGAAUCUGAUAUGUGGUUGUGCGUUCAUCCAGCAGCCUUCUGUAUUUGCGUCAGUCUCCGUUGGCAGGUCUAAGUGGAAUGGUAACGUUGGGAGUUCAGGGAUCGUUUUGAAACUGGAGAGCCCUCUGUCAGGCGUUAGUCGCCCGGCCUUCUCUGUGCAGAUAAACAGUGCUGUCGAGUUUUGA